CGUCGUUUUACCAACGAUGCCAUCAAGCGCGCGAGAGGUUUUUUGGAAGCUCGGGCUGGGGACUUAGAUUCCGUGACAAGCACUGGCCUUGUUAUUGGUGAUAAUUUCGCCCAACUGCUCAUACUGGAGGCCACGAAUCGAAGAUCUCUAGUCAAUUUCGUUGACCAACCUAGAAAAUGGAAUUUCUUUCGAGGGAAGCCUAUACUUGCUCCCGAAGACUUUCCUGCAGACUUUGAUACCACAUCGAUUGCAAUGACAGUGCUCGAGCGCGAUGAUGACUUGGCAAACUCUGUCAUGGAUGAUAUGCUACAAUAUCGUGACCAAAAUGGAGUUCUGUUGACAUACUUCGAUCACAGUCGCCCAAGACAAGAUCCUGUUGUCUGCAUCAACGCCCUUAGCUUUUUCUACUCCCGAAACCGCGGCUCAGACCUCAAGCAGACGUUGUGCUGGGUGCACGAUAUCCUCCUCCAUCGAUCAUACGCCAACGGGACACGAUAUUAUGAGACAGCCGAGUGCUUCUUAUACUUCCUCAGCCGCCUUCUUGUCACUGCUCGUGACGAAGAUACACGCGCCCUUUUAGAACCGCCCUUGAAGGAACGGCUGAAGGAGCGCAUAGGAGCACCCGGUGAUGCAACCGCUCUGUCCAUGCGAAUUAUGGCAUGUGCCAAUGUGGGCCUACAGGACCGGGUUGACGCGGAACGUCUUUUGCUAUUGCAGAGCGAUGACGGUGGAUGGGAUUUGGGAUGGAUUUAUAAAUACGGAUCAACAGGCAUAAAGCUCGGCAAUCGCGGACUGACUACAGCCCUAGCGAUCAACGCCAUACAGGCU